CGGGCACGCCGCCGCAGCCCUCCGUCUCCUCCGCCGCGGGAGCGCGCCGUCAGCGUGGACGCGCUCUCCGUGCGAGGUGCAAGGCCCGGCUUGCAGUACCAGCGGCCGGCGCUAAGGGGUCGCUGUUCUGCGCUUUCUGUCCCCCCUCACCAGCACCAGCAGCAGGAGCAGCAGUGGCCGCCGCGGCCUUAGGUCUUUUUGUCUGUGAGGUAGAGCGAGGAGCGCUCGAUUCCGCGGCCGCUGAGCCCCGGCGCCCGUGCGCGGGUACAUGAGAGAGGGAUCACCGAGGGGAGAGCGGAGGGGGCCGCGGGCAGCAGCAGCGCACCCGGACACUAACCGCCGGCAUAAGGCACCAACACAAAGGGAGACUGGGAGCCCGCAGCGGCCCGGCAGAACAUGCUCUGUGUCAGGCAGGAAUCGGCCGGGCGCCGGUGCUGAGGAAGGCGGACUGUGAGAGCCGGGAGCCCGGAUAGCGCUCGGGCCGACACUCCGCCUCACACUCCUCGUCGUGAUCUCCCCCCACUGCCCGCGGCCUGAACUUUCCCCGUGUCCCCCCCUGUCCCGGCUCCUGCCAGCAGCGCCUCCUGUGCGGUCCAUGAGCGGGAUCGGGGCCACCGCCGGCUCCCUCCUCUCCUGAGAGCCGAGGAGCGGGAGGCCGCCACCCCCCUCGCCCGGAGCCGCCGGCCUCCUGCAGUAACUCCCAGCAGCGCUCCCUGCAGACCGACAUCACCACCAGCCGCCGGGUAUCUGAGGACACCCGGGGCUGCCCGGCCUCCUGUGGCCGCAUCGUACAAUGUCUAACUCGACGGUAAAAGCGGAGCCCGAUCACCGGAGGAAGGGGCUGGCGUUCCUGGACGAGCUGCGGCAGUUCCAUGAGAGCAGAGGGUCCCGUUUCAGGAAGAUCCCCGCGGUGGGGGGCAGAGAGCUGGACCUGCACUCCCUCUACACCAGGGUCACAACUUUGGGAGGAUUUGCCAAGGUUUCAGAGAAGAACCAGUGGGGAGAGAUAAUAGAAGAGUUUAACUUUCCAAGAGGUUGCUCAAAUGCUGCCUUUGCUUUGAAACAGUAUUAUUUGCGCUAUUUGGAAAAAUAUGAAAAAGUUCAUCACUUUGGAGAAGAUGAUGAUGAAGUCCAGCCUGGUAAUCUUAAACCACAGCUCCCAAUUGGUGCAAUACCAUGCACCUACAAUUACCAGCAGCACGUUGUACCAGAUUAUUUGCGACAAAGUUAUGGACUUACCAUGGACUUCAAUACACCAAAUGAUUAUAACAAACUGGUGCUUUCACUUUUAUCUGGACUCCCUAAUGAAGUGGAUUUUGCAAUUAAUGUUUGCACACUUCUGUCUAAUGAAAGCAAGCACGUAAUGCAGCUUGAAAAGGAUCCAAAAAUUAUCACCUUGUUACUUGCUAAUGCUGGCGUAUUUGAUGAUACUCUGGGAACAUUUUCUGCAGUAUUUGGUGAUGAAUGGAAGGAAAAAACAGAUAGGGAUUUUGUACAGUUUUGGAAGGAUAUUGUUGAUGACAGUGAAAUACGUGACCUCAUAUAUGACAAAAGUAAUUCUCAAGAAGGUACACCUCCGGAUUCCUUAUGGGAUUCAUUAUUCCAUCCUCCUCGAAAGCUGGGCAUUAAUGAUAUUGAAGGACAACGUGUACUCCAGAUAGCCGUAAUUUUGCGGAAUUUUUCCUUUGAAGAGAGCAAUGUUAAACUUUUGGCAGCUAAUCGGACCUGUCUCCGUUUCCUAUUAUUGUCAGCUCAUAGUCACUUUAUUUCCCUGAGACAACUGGGACUUGAUACAUUGGGAAAUAUUGCGGCAGAGCUUCAGUUAGAUCCUGUUGACUUCAAAACCACUCACUUAAUGUUCCACACUAUAACAAAAUGCCUAAUGUCAAGGGAUAGGUUCUUAAAAAUGAGAGGCAUGGAAAUUUUGGGUAACUUAUGUAAGGCUGAAGAUAAUGGUGUUCUUAUUUGUGAGUAUGUGGAUCAAGAUAGCUACAAAGAAAUAAUAUGUCAUCUUACUCUACCGGAUGUGCUGCUUGUAAUAUCCACACUUGAGGUGCUGUAUAUGCUGACAGAGCUGGGAGAAGUUGCCUGUGUGAAGAUUGCAAAUGUAGAAAGAAGCAUAGAUACACUGGUGUGUCUUAUUUCUAUGGACAUACAAAUGUUUGGACCUGAUGCCCUUACGGCUGUCAAACUUAUUGAACAUCAAAGUUCUAAUCAUCAAGUGGUUUCAGAAAUUCGUCCUCAGACAGUGGAGCAUGUUAGUGCUACAGUCAAUGCAAGCCCAGUCCCAGCUUCCAGACCAGUCCAGGCACAUGCUGUGCCUCCUCCUGGAAUUGUAGAAAUAGACAGUGAAAAGUUUGGCUGUCAAUGGUUAAAUGCACAUUUUGAAGUGAGUUCGGAUUGUUCAGUCUCCCGCUCAGAAAUGUAUUCUGAAUACCUCUCAACAUGCAGCAAAUUGGCUAGAGGUGGAAUUCUAACCUCAUCUGGAUUUUACAAAUGUCUGCGGUCUGUAUUCCCAAAUCACAAUAUAAAGAGGGUAGAAGAUCCAAACAAUACUGGCCAAGCUCAUAUCCAUGUUUCUGGUGUGAAGAGAAGGACCUUACCACUUCCCAUUCAGAUGUACUAUCAGCAGCAACCAGCUUCUGCUAUCAGGGUUGAUAUGGUUUCGGAUACUGCAGGUAUGCCACAAGGAGCAGGGAAUCCUUUCCAGAGAGGUCCGGCAGCUAACCAAGCUCCUAAUCUGACUGCAACACAAAUGUCUUUUCCUAUUCAAGGCGUCCACAGUGUGGCACAGACAAUUUGUCGGAUACCACAGAAUCCCCACAGUCAAGCCCAACAUCAACAUAAUACUACAGUGACUGUAAUACAGAAUAAAACUCCAAUUUCCUGUGAAGUAGUUAGGGCUGCAGUAAUACAGGGUUCUGUUCAACAUUCAACAGUUCCUGUGACUAUUGCUUUGGGAGGAUCAACACAAGCUUCUUUAGUUCAAAAUCACAGCAAUCCAGGACAGCAGCCUUCUGUUACUGUAGUGGGUUCUCAGGCUUUGUUUCACCAUCCAUCUGUUAUUCAACAACAGUCCCCACUACACACUGUCGUACCUGGACAGAUAACAUCAGGCACUCCUGUAGCAGUAAUACAACAAGCAGUUUCUCAAGGUCAUAUAUUUGGUAGGGUGCAAAAUAUGGCAGCAGCGGCAACAGGACUUUCACAAGGUCAACAGUUAAUCACUACAUCAUCACAAGCUGUUCAGGUUUCAUCCCAACAAUCCCCAGCUUCCAACCAGCAGAAAGAUACAGUUAUCAUAACUCCACAACAAUAUGUAACAACUUCAUCAUCCAAUAUAGUAUCUGCUACAACUGUACAGAAUUUCCAAGUUGCAGCAGGGCAGGUGGUUACUAUAGCUGGUGUCCAAAAUCCUCAGACCUCUAGAAUUGGUUUUCAGAAUAUUGCUCCAAAACCCCUUUCUUCACAUCAAGUAUCCUCUACAACAGUAGUUCAACAGCCGCAGCAACAACAACCUCAGCAGAGUGUAGUAAUUGUGAGCCAACCAGCCCAACACGGUCAAGCAUAUGCACCAGCCAUUCACCAAAUUGUUCUCACUAAUCCAGCUGCUAUUCAGGCUGGGCAGACUGUUCAGUUAACUGGGCAAACAAACAUUGCACCUUCUUCAUCACCUAUACCAACUUCAAAUAACCAGCUCCCACCUAUAAUGACGUCUUCCCCCACCACACCAGGAUCACAAGGACCUCCUCCUACUGUUAGCCAAAUGCUUUCUGUUAAAAGGCAACAGUUGUCACCAGCACCUCACCAACAGCAGCAGGUACAAGUGCAAGCUCAGCAAUCACAGUCAUCCCAGCAGGUGUCUGUACAAGUUCAGCAGCAGACCCAGAGUGGAGGUGUUGGACUCUCUACUUCUGGUGAGUCCAGCCUAAUUAAACAGCUGUUGCUUCCAAAACGGGGACCUUCAACACCCGGAGGAAAACUCAUACUCCCUGCUCCUCAAAUACCACCUCCCAACAAUGCAAGAGCAACAAGUCCUCAGGUGGUAUAUCAAGUAGCCAACAAUCAAACACCUUCCUUUGGAGUACAAGGGCAACCUGCAACGCAACAAAUACUGGUUGGGCAGCAAAAUGUGCAGUUAGUUCAGAGCACAAUGCCGAACCAAACUGGUGUACAGACUGUCCCAAUUUCCAAUUUACAAAUCUUGCCAGGCCAGUUGAUCUCAAACUCUCCAGCAACAAUAUUUCAAGGAACUACAGGCAAUCAAGUUACGAUAACAGUUGUGCCAAACACAAGUUUCGCUACUGCAACAGUAAGCCAGGGAAGUACACCUCAGAUUAUUGCACCAAUAAGUGGGACUCAGACAGGAGUUGGAUUACAGGUACAAACUCUUCCGGCUGCUCUUACGCAACCAGGUGGACAGUUAUCAGGAUCUGCUGCUUCUCCCCCAUUUAAGGGUGAUAAAAUCAUUUGCCAAAAGGAGGAAGAAGCAAAGGAAGCCACAGGCCUGCAUGUACACGAACGGAAAAUUGAAGUUAUGGAAAAUCCUUCUUGUCCAAAAGGGUCUGCAAACGCCAGCAAUGGGGAAACCAAUGAAAAGGAAGUGCAAGCAGGAAAUCUUUUGAAUGGUAAAAAGUGUGACUCCAGUCUACCUCCUUCAAACUCAGGGAAAACUCAGAAUGAGGCCAGUCAAGUGGUCACUAAUGGGUCAUCUGUGGAAUUGGGGGAAAAUGGAGCUCCUUUAAAGCAAAACUCUGAACAGUCCGAGAUGCAGGAUAGUAAAACGGACUUGAAAAGACCACAAGUUAAUGGGAUUUGUGAUUUUGAAAAGGCAGACUGUACUCAUUUGAGCAAAAGCAUUCCGAAUCACAAAACUUCCAAUCAUGUAAGAAAUGGUGAGAUCUCUCCAUCAGAGCAACAAGAGCUUCUAGAUUCUACUCAACAAUUUACUGCCAAAGGUGAACAAGUGGAGAAACUUUCAAAUGGACCUAUAUUACCCAACAGUUUGUCACAUUUUGCAAGUAGUACUCAUGAUGCUUCUAAUCUUGCAAUUCAGAUACACUGUGGUAACACUGCAGAUUUACCCAAUGGACCUGUAGUAUCCAGUUUAAAUUCAGAUGUGCCUCAGCAACGUCCCUCUGUAGUUGUUUCAACACAGUCUACAGCCUCUAUUUUACCAGGUCAUCAAGUUAUCGCAGUGCCCCACACGGGGCCUAGGAUUUCUCAGCCCACUCUUCCUCUCGAUGUACGGUCUACUAACGGCACAGUGGAGUGCAAAGCUAUUAAAAGACCAGCAGAGGACAGUGACAGGGAAUCUGUCCCAGUAAUUCCCAAUAAAAUGGGUGUAAGGAUUGUUACAAUCAGUGACCCUAACAAUGCUGGCUGUAGUGCAACCAUGGUUGCUGUGCCAGCAGGUGUUGAUCCAAGCACUGUAGCUAAAGUAGCAAUAGAAAGCGCUGUUCAGCAAAAGCAGCAUCAGCAGCAUCAUCAUCCACACACCUUUGUACAGACAGUGGUUGCGCAGAGUACACCUGUGACAACAUUAUCAGCAUUACAAGUACAAGGCCACCUGGUUGCUUCUCAAACUUCCCCGUUCCCGGCUACGGUAGCAGGUCACCAUGUGGAGCAAGUGAAAAAACCAGGGCAAAACUUCAUGUGCUUGUGGCAGUCAUGUAAAAGGUGGUUUGAAACUCCGUCCCAAGUGUUCUACCAUGCAGCAACUGAGCAUGGGGGUAAAGAUGUGUACCCUGGGCAGUGCAUGUGGGAGGGCUGUGAGCCCUUCCAGCGACAGAGGUUUUCCUUUAUCACUCACUUACAGGACAAACACUGCUCAAGGGAGGCUCUUCUGGCUGGCUUGAAACAAGAAGAGCAGGGCCAGGCUGGGAAUCAAAAAUCUUCCAAUAAACAAUCCUCUUCGGGGACACCCACUCCCCGUGCUCAGAAAGCUAUUGUGAACCAUCCAAGUGCUGCCCUCAUGGCACUAAGGCGGGGAUCAAGAAACUUGGUUUUUAGAGACUUCACAGAUGAAAAAGAGGGACCAAUCACUAAACACAUCCGAUUAACAGCUGCCUUAAUAUUAAAAAAUGUUGCUAAGCACUCAGAAUGUGGUCGUAGAUCAUUAAAAAGACAUGAAAAUCAGUUAUCGGUUCUAGCCCUUAGUACUAUGGAAGCUUCCUCCACACUUGCCAAAUGCCUUUAUGAACUCAAUAGUACAACUCAUAGUACAGAACAAGAAGCACCCUGUGAAAUGCUACAUUGAGAGGAGUGUACCCAUUGUACAAUUAGGACUGUGGUAAUCACACAACAUUUCAAAUACUGUUACUGAAAAGGAAAGCACUAAGUCUUAAUGGAGACCAUAGAUUGCAUUAUUAUCUCCUCCCAUGUUGCAAAGAGGAAGCAUCAUGUUCUGAUCACUGAAUGGAUCCCUUUGUUCUCUGUAAGAAGACAACAAGAAACUGUCAUUGGGAUUUCCAACCGGCGGUCUGCAGGAUGUCUCUCUCAGUUGAUAGGUCCUGAAGGAAACUGGUGUGUUCAGAAUUCAAUACCAUCCACAUUGGAGUAUACUUGGAAGCGUUGUAAAACCUACAUAAAAGCAGAUAAAAUAGAAGCAUUAAAUAUUUUUAUCUAUAUCCAAAAGGAGCACAUUUUUAUAUUUACAGAACUGUUUGAGCUGGUUUGAAUAAAUAAAAAUUCAGCACAUCUGUAACCCCCUGAUGUUGGUGGGUGCCACCAAUUUCUCGCUAUGGAUUGCGUGUUUUGUUUAGAAAUCAGUAGCUUGGUUUUCUUACUUGAGCCAAUAUAUUUUCACGUAUUUAUUAUCAUAAAAAUUUACCAGUCUGAAUAGAUCUUGUAAAUAUUUGUGUAUAGAACACCUUUCAUGCCACUGCAGCCACUGGAAGACAUGCAUUCUGUGGUGUCCUAGAAGCAUUAUAGCUAGGUUCUAAAGUUUUCUAGACUUUCCUGUCAAUUGUAACUAAUUGUGAUAUAUUCUACGCAGUGGAUGAAUGUUCUUUAAAUUUAUGUAAAUAAUUCUGGAAAGGUACUGAUGCUGUAAAGUCAAAACAGUUUUGUGGAACUGUGAUAUUUCCCCACUUUUUUUAUUUUCUUUUUUUUCCCCUCUUUUUAAUUUGUAUUAUACACCUUGUAGAACUCAUUUUGCUGGCUGAAAGAGUAUGGAAAUAAUAUAUCACAUGUCAUUUUUGUAGAAGAAAAACUAUUUGAAGGUAUUUUUGGUUUUUCCCCUGACAUAUAUCCACUGUAAACGUUUGUCAUAGUGCAGGCUCAGCGCUUGUACAGAAUUUUUUGUAUUUGUAAAUUGGUUUAAAUACAUGGAUUUUUAUACAGGUUUUCUCCUGUGUUAUAUUUGCAUUAUGUGCAGGUAUGAUAUUUUCUUCACUACUUUUUCUAUCUUAAUAUAGUGUGGAAUUUUAUUGUAUUAUUCUUCCAUUCUUAAUACUGUACCACAUUCCUGCUCAGAUCCCGCUCACGUCUUUAAAUUUGUCUUUCCUCUCCCACCCUCCCACCUUGGCGUGAAGUGUAUCCAUUUAUAACUGCCUAUUGCCUGUUGUAUUAGCAUCCAAAAAUGUGGAAACAAUUCCCAACCACCAUUUCUGCUGUGUCCGUAGGAUGUGCAGUAAAGAUAUAGACCUAACAGUUUAUGUUCUAGAAUGGCUUUAUUUACUUUGGUGACUGUUUAUAGUUUUUAAAUAAAAGACUGAACAUU